AUGAAUAGUGGAGUAACAAAGUGCGAGGGUCCUCAACAAGCUGUGGUGAGCAAAAAGUCAAAGGUCACCUCAGAGAGAGUGAUCCUGGUGGUUCUCAGUGUUCUCCUGUCAGCUGCUCUCAUUGCGCUGUGUUUUACCACAUUUGAAAUCAUAAAAACUAACAAAGAGCUCAAAAAUCUGGAAGAUCACAAAAUGAAGUGUGAACGUAAUUUCACAGAGACUCUCUCUAAGAUAAAAUCAUGCAGCACGGUGCAGCCGACCUGUCCAGGACCUAAAGUAAUAGAUGAUCCUUGUUAUAAAUGUGAAGAAGGCUGGGAGCAACAUGGAGGAAAGUGCUAUUACUUCUCCAGCAGUAAUUCAUCCUGGAAUGAGAGCAGAGUUGAGUGUAGAGCUAAAGGAGGAGACCUGGUUAAGAUAGACAGCAGGGAGGAGCAGACAUUCUUGCAGAGAAGACUGAGAGAUGUAAUGACUGAAGAUGAGGACAAGUUCUGGAUCGGACUGACAGACUCAGCAGUAGAGGACAGAUGGUUGUGGGUGGACGGAUCACCACUGGAUCAAAGUUUGAAGUGGCAUAGAGCCAGACAAUUGGAAUGGGACAGAUGAUGAACAACCUGAUGGAGAGGACUGUGCGAGGAUGGGAGAAAAAGGCAGCACUGAUGAU